GAGCUCGACAGGCCGGCGCACGCGGCUCGCCUCAACCCCUAGGCCCUUGCACGCACGCCCAGUCACCCUCUUCUCACCGCGACUCCGACUCUCCCUACCUCCGCGCCCGCCGGCCGCCCCUCGCGCCGGCGACGCACGCCGUCGGGUCGCACGGCGCUCGUCCCCUUGUCAGGAUCCUCUAGGAUCUGACACCCCAUCCGUUUCCUAACUCCGAGUCGGCCUGCCGCCUGCAUUCCUGCCGCCCGACGCCCUGAGGCCCGACGCGUCCUGCGCGGCCUGCGGCCGCACGGGCUCCCGCGGUUCAGCGCCGACGCGCACCGGCGGCGCCGCCCGGGCGUGCAGGAGACGCCAAAGGCGCUCUCCGACCUGGUCGCCUACUCACCUGGAGGAGGGCAGCAGCAACGUCCAGCAGUGGGCAACUGAUGCUGGACAAAUGCAAGUUUGAGCACUGAAGACAUCUUGAUGGCUACCAAUUUGUGUCCUUUGACGUGGCUCUGAGCCUGUUUCUUCUGGAGCGGAAAUCAUUGCAAUACAUUAUGAAGAGCAGCGAUGGAAACCGGAUCAGGUUACAGCCAAUGUGGAGAAAAGUUGCCUAUGGGGGAAGGCAACCAGGAUACGAUGAUAACCACACCGAUGAGUCGUUCCUCGAGGAGAUGGUUAUGAACGCCAAUGUUGUCAAGAGAGACCUUCUGAAAGUGAUGAUUGACUCCGUCUCCAUUUCGCAAUAUCUCUGCAUUGUCGCUCUUGUGGUUUCGACAUGGACCCUCACAUUGAACUUGGACAUUAAUGAGACCACUCUUCUCAAGCUAGAUGUUGGUCUCCUGCUGGUUGGUUUCUCUGUCCUCUUGCUCACGACUUGUCCAUUCUCUCUGAAGCUUCUGGCAAAGUAUGUCCUCAACAUAUCUUUCUUCAUCAGUGGUCUUUAUGUUCUUGCGCCAAUUUACCAUACCCUCACUAGGUCCAUCAGUUCAGACUCAAUAUGGGCCCUUGCUGUAUCUCUUCUGCUGGUUCAUCUCUUUCUGCAUGAUUAUUCUGGUUCAACUAUAAGGCCUCCAGGAGCACUCAACAAUCCAAAGUUAACCAGCAAUAUUUCCUUGAAUGCGUCAAUAGUAGCAUCUGUGCUUGUGGCUUCACGUUUGCCAUCAAGGCUGCAUGUCUUUGCGAUCAUGCUCUUCUCCUUGCAAGUCUUCCUGUUUGCACCCCUCAUUACAUUCUGUGUCAAGAAGUACCACUUUAGGCUUCAUCUCCUGUUCUCCUUCGCAUUGAUGGUUGUCACCCUGAGCGUCACAUACCAGUUGCACCGAAUGUUCUUCAUUCUCCUAUUGGCACUUCUUGUUUUUAUUUCGAUCGUUUGCCCUUACUGGCUUAUUAGGAUUCAAGAAUACAAGUUUGAGAUCAAUGGCCCCUGGGAUGAAGCAAAACUCUGCUUUGAUAUAACUGAAUGAAUAGCUGUGAUAAGCCUGUUUUUUUUUUUAAGAAAUGACGUGCAGAGAAUUGGUUUGAUUGUAUCGAUCUAUAGCUGAUGUGCUGCUAGUCGUCUCUUUAGUGUAUUCAUGUGAAUGUAUAUACUCAUAACAUAUUUGCACUGUCACCAUGAUUCUAACACAUGAUAGGCUUUUUUUCCUGGAA